AAUAAGUGGGUAGUUGUUGAUAAUGUCAGGUUGGUUGUCGUGGACGUGUGACAAGAAACUACAUAUAUAUGUGGAACCACGUUUUGUGUUAUUGUAAUGCGAAAUUUUGUAACACUAAAGUUGAUUUACUGUCAGUAUGUUUCACAAGCAUCAGCUUUUCACGUAUUUUGCAUCGUAAACUUCAUGUGAUGUCAAAUGUUGACUGCCAGUUGUCUACGUUAUAUACAAACAAUACAAUGAAUGUAGCUGAGAAAUAUGUGUGUUGCAUAAUGCAGGUGGUGAGAUGAUUCUCAAGUGGGUGAUGUAGCUCAUUGUGUAGAUACCCAUAAUUGUGUAAUGUAAGUGUUCAAUUGCUAGAUCAGAGCACAAAGCUCACAUGGUCAUGGAUAAGACACUAAUUUCACAUCUGAGUGAUCAAACUGACACACGAGACAUGCAUUGUCUUGAUACUGACAAGAACUGCCACACUAACAUUGAUGAGAGAAGCAAAUUGCUUGCUGUACCAAUUGCUAGGCGAAUUGAUGGCGAUGACUGUUCAUCUGUGGGCUCCAAAGAAGGACUUUUCAAUGUUCGGGCCAUCUUCUUCCUAGUUUUGUGGUAUUUCUUCAGUGGGUGUACUUUAUUUCUCAACAAGUACAUUUUGUCAUAUAUGAAAGGUGAUCCAACAAUCUUAGGUACAAGUCAGAUGUUGAUGACAACAGUCUGUGGCUUUGUCCAAAUGUAUUUGCCAUGUGGAAUGUAUAAGCCCACUCAGAGGCUGAUGCGUCCUCCUGGCUUCUAUCGACAUAUGAUGCUGGUGGGAUGUACCAGGUUUGCAACUGUUAUCUUGGGUUUGGUGGCACUGAACUAUGUGGCCGUUAGCUUCACAGAAACCAUCAAGAGUUCAGCACCUCUCUUCACUGUCCUUAUUUCUAGGUGCAUCUUAGGUGAAGCAACAGGCCUGUAUGUUAACCUGUCACUGAUUCCAGUUAUGAGUGGACUUGCCCUGUGCUCAGCCAAUGAGCUGAGUUUUGAUACUCGAGGAUUUGUGGCAGCCAUGGCUACCAAUCUCACAGAGUGUUUACAGAAUGUUUAUUCCAAAAUGCUCAUCAGUGGAGACAAAUUUAAAUAUACGCCUGCAGAGUUGCAGUUCUACACAAGUAUUGCAUCUGUGGUUGUGCAGAUACCAGCGUCAUUAUUCCUGGUAGACAUUGAUGGGGUACAGAAGACUACGGAUUCUGUGCUGUUCUUAGCCUUUGUCUUGAAUGGCAUUUUCUUCCAUUUCCAAAGUAUCACUGCCUAUGUUCUUAUGGAUUAUAUUAGCCCUGUUACUCAUAGUGUCGCCAAUACAGCAAAAAGAGCAUUCCUGAUCUGGUUGUCAGUGUUGUUGUUUGGGAACCCUGUGACACUGCUGAGUGGGCUCGGAACAUGCAUGGUGAUUGUGGGCGUGCUGUUAUACAACAAGGCACAGGAGUACGACAGACUGAAGUUGAACAAGGUCGGUGACCACAAAAAACCAGUCUCAGUGAGAUGGUAGGCUCACAAAUGGCUGGCAAUAUUAUGAGUUCCAUGGAGAUUAAAGUUCGGACUGUAUGAUGAGUGUGUACGGACGAGACGUGUUGCCUUUGUGCUGGAAUGGGCAAUGGAAGACUUUGAGUUAUUUGAUGUUAUAUAUCAUGUAUUUGUACAUAUUACAAUAUUUGUUUACAAGGAACUGCAUAUUCUGUAUAUAAUAUUUGUAAUUUAUGUGAAUCUGUGAUUUGGAUGCAUAUUUUGUAUCAUUAAAACACAAUGUUAAGUGGUAAAUUACGUGAAACAUA